UUAGUCAUGCUGUGACAUAGCAUAGAGCCUACAUUCACCCUGGUGUAUGUAUGAUACAAGGGGGUCCUGUUCGACAGCCUACAUGCACACUGGUGUAUGUAUGAUACAAGGGGGUCCUGUUCGACAGCCUACAUGCACCCUGGUGUAUGUAUGAUACAAGGGGGUCCUGUUCGACAGCCUUAAUGGGAUACAGAAACACACACAUCAUGUUCUCCUGUGAUGUUGUGUACGAGUCGGUUCACUUCUUCCGGGUACUACUAUCAUAACAACAUGGAGCAGACACUGUUUAUCCUCAACGCCCGUUACUGGCUGCUGGGAAUGUUCAUACCGUGUACUGAAGAUAGCAACCGUCAUAACGGAUACGCCCUUAUCUUGUUGCUGGGAAUGUACACACCGUGUACUGAAGAUAGCAACCGUCGUAACGGAUAGGCCCUUAUCUUGUUCGGGUUGUUUGUGACUUUUGACGCAUGAUGCCGGAGAAGAAUGUGGUAGUCUUGUCAGCAACAAUGUGGCUUUGGGCAGUUCUCGUGUUAACAUUUUCAGCAUCACAAGUGUAUGGACAGACGAAUUGUGAAUGGGGAAGAUAUGGAGAACGGUGCGAAAAAGCCUGUCCUGAACAUUGUAUUGUCAAUGAAGCCAGGAAACUCCAGCACUGCCACAAGUUGACUGGGAAGUGUUCUGAGGGAUGCAUGCGUGGGUGGCAUGGCGAUAUGUGUGAUCUACCUUGUAGCAGCCACUGCGAAAAGAACACAUGCAACCAGCAGAACGGUCUGUGUACUUUUGGCUGUGAUGGAACCUACAGAGGAGACUUCUGCAACAUCACAACAGUAGUGGUCUCAACGCACUCAACGUCACCGACAGAUGCCUCAACACCACGGGGAUCUACCCCUAGGCCUGGGAAACAAACAGACCUAGUCGUGAUUAUUGUCCCCAUCAUCAUCAUCAUCAUAAUCUGCCUCGUCACAGUCGUAGUGGUGGCAUUUAUAGUGAUAAAACGGAAAAAGGGAAGAAAAAACGGCGAUGGAAGGUCCCCGGAAGACAUUCCCUUAAUGGAAAGAAGUGGAGCGGCCUUUAGCAAAUUGGGACAUGGUCUGGAAGAACAACGCAUUGAGUCAGAUCCAAUUGACCGAGAGAUAAACAAUACACGAACAUUGUUUGUGGAAACUGAAAACUUUAAGAAAGUGAGAGAAAUGUUGGCGACGUUCCAUCAUGUGACCAUCAGUGGUGCUCCGGGUGAAGGUAAAACAUCCAUGGCCCUGAUGCUGGGAGCUGAAUACAGGAAGCAGGGCUAUGAGCUGGUACUGGUUGAUGAUCUUUCACAAGUAAACUUGUCUGACUGGCAAGGCCAUGAUGUAUGUGUGAUAUUUGAUGACAUAUUUCAGAAGGCAGGGUCCCAUAUGGAUGUGCCUCGUUUUAAACACCUUCUGUAUGACCUCCAUCUGUACCUAGCACAGUGCAAGGACAGGUCUGAGAGACGAUAUGAGAGUAUGCAGAAGGAGUCGAGAGAGGAAGAAAGAAGAGACAAUCAGUCAGACAUGUACCUCAUAUUCACAACAGAAACCUCCGCCCUAGAACAUGCAAUGUUAAAACUUGAAGGUCAUCCAAUUUGUUUGUUCAAUAACUCUGCGGAAGCAUUAUUGUCUUACACACCGGAGGAGAAGAAAGAAAUAUGGAUGAAACAUAAACACCAUUACAAAUGCAAAGCAAACGUCGAUGAGAUGGAACUUGGUGCAUGUGAUAAACAAACUGUUGGAUUUCCUCUUGUAUGCAAAUUGUUCUCCAGUUGUGCUGCCUUUCAAAAACACCAACAGCGUUUUUUUGAAAAUCCCGUAUCAUGUCUAAAACUUGAAUUCAACACGGUUAUAAGUCGAUUGGAUAACCAGUCAGCUGCCCUAAUCCUAGUGCUACUGUGUGACGGGCAGCUGAACCUCAGUCAGCUGGAGACUGAAUCUGACAACCCAGACCUGGAGGCCCACAUCAAGGCAGCUCUGUCCUUUGUGAAGACAUCAACCAGACAAGAUGUAGCUGUGGCUGUCAGAAGUUUAUGUGGUUCGCUUUUGACAGAAGGAAACUUAAUAUCAUUUUCCCAUUCGAUGAUUUAUGAUGUCUGUGCCUCUGUCUUAUUCAGUAUUGAUCCAAAAUUUAUCUGUAAACAUUGCAUUAUUAAGUUCCUCUUUGAGCAUGUACAGGAUCAGCAAGCAGACAUUGCUCCCAUCAAAGAACACCAGCUCAGCAUUCCUUUCUCGGAGGCCUACAGUGAAACCAUUGAUGACAGAAUGGCUGAUUCUAUUGCCAGUGGGGCUCUAAGUGAAUACAUCAUGCAUCCCAUAUGUAAAAGGAAAGAGAUAGUUAACAAAUUGUCUCUAAUGAUUAAAGAUCCCACUUCUCUGUCUCAUGAUGACAUGCACAACAUCUUCCAUUAUGCAUGCUUCACUGGGAACAAGAAUAUCCUGAAGCAACUUGUUCCUCACUGUGACAUCAAUAGUCGUGGCUUGAAUGGCUGGACGCCAGUUAUGUACGCAGUUGUCUCUGGACAGGUGGGUAGCCUGAAACUCCUGGUGAAACACAACGCUGAUGUAGAACUAUGUGACAGCAACAACAACAGCCUAUUACAUUUGGCCAUUGAGAAUGGAACAACUGCCAGUGUAGAAUAUCUACUUAAAGAACAUAAAUUUGACAUCCACACUCGAGGAAUGCAUGGCUGGACACCACUUGUGUGUGCAGUGUUUGCUGGGAAGAAGGAUGUUUUGGAUGUUCUUUUAAAAUACAAAGCUGACAAAAGAUUAAGAGAUACAAAUACCAGGAAUGCGCUUCAUCUGGCAUGUGAGUGUGGAAUUAAUUCCAUUGUGGAAUGCCUACUGCAAUUAACGGAUAUUAAUGCCUCUGGUAAACAUGGCCAGACCCCCAUAAUGUGUUCUGCAUCAUCUGGAAAGAAGAACACGUUUGACCUUCUUUUGUCAAGAAAGGCCGACAUCAACCUGACUGAUGAUGACAACAACAGCCUCCUUCAUGUGGCUUGCCAGUCGGACGAUACAUCUAUUUUAGAGCAUCUACUUACACACCUUGACAUCAAUAGGCCGGGAAAACACGGCUGGACUCCGGUGAUGAAGGCAGCUGUGAAUGGAAGGAAGGAUGUAUUUGACCUGCUUGUGGAAGAGAAAGUGAAUCUUGAACUGACUGAUGACAUUGGUAACAAUCUCCUCCAUCUUGCAUGUCACGGUGGAAAUGCCUCCAUUGUGAAAUACCUACUCCCACAGUUUAACAUCAACAGUCGUGGAGGAAAUGGCUGGACGCCAGUGAUGUAUGCCGCUGUCAAUGGAGACAGCGAUGUGUUCCGCCUGCUUGUGUCAAGGGGGUCUGAUCUCUCCCUGGAAGAUGACUACAGCAACUCUGUAUUUCAUUUGGGAUGUAUCGGAGGAAACAGAACCAUAGUGAAAGAUCUACUGCAAAAAGCUGAUAAGAACAGCCAGGGAAACCUUGGGAGAACAGGAAUCAUGAAGUCUGCUUGGGCAGGCAAUGCUGAUGUUUUCAAACUUCUUGUGUCAAAGAAAGUUGAUCUCAAAACAGUUGAUGAUAACAAUGAUACUAUACUUCACCUUGCCAGUCAGGGAGGAAACUGCUCCAUUGUUGAAUAUUUGAUAGAGAAACAGUUUGACAUAAAUUGUCGUGGAAAAAACGAUUUCACAACCGUGAUGUCUGCAGUCUGGUCUGGAAAGAAAGAUGCAUUUGAACUUCUUUCUUCAAAACAAGAUUCCAUGUCCGUAUACAAUGUAUAUCGUGACACAAUACUUCACUUGGCAUGUGAAGGCGGAAAUAUAUCCAUUGUACAAUCACUUCUGUUGAGAAUAGAUGUUAACAUUCGGGGAAAGAAUGGCCGGACUCCAGUCAUGGCUGCAGCUGUGGCAGGGAAUAAAGAUGUGUUUGACCUUCUGAUUUCAAAGGAAGCUGAUCUCACAUUGACUGAUGACAACAAAAACAACAUUCUUCAUCUUGCAUGCCAGGGUGGAAAUACGUUCAUCAUAGAGCAUCUCAUACCACUGUUUGACAUUAACAGUCCUGGAGAAGAUGGAUUGACACCAUUAAUGAUUGGAGCUCUCAGUGGGAAGAAGGAAGCUUAUGAUCUGAUUGCAAGAAAAGGGGGUAAUCAAUCAUUAACUGCCUCUGAAAAUGAUAAUGUUCUUCAUGCAGCCUGUCUAGGAGGUAAUCUAGCCAUUGUGAAGGAGGUGAUUGACAGCUUUUACAUCAACACCAGGGGAAGGAAUGGCGAGACUCCUCUGAUGCGAGCAGUCUGUGGAGGCUACAUUGCUGUGUACAGAUACUUGAUGUCCUGUGGUGCUGACCGUACUCUGGUGGACAAUGACGGACACACUCUACUACAUCUUGCAUGUCAUCACGGACAGCUUGCAAUGUUGAAACAUAUCAUAGCUGAUUUUGUUGUCAACUCAAAGGACAAUAUGGGCCUCACACAUGUCAUGACUGGUGUACUGCACAGAAAAGCUGCAGUAGUCAAAUACCUGACAAAUAGAGGCACGGAUUUGACUUUAGUUGACAACACGGGAGACGAUGCCCUUACUCUCGCCCUGAAACUCGGUAACAGACAAAUCAUUAAACAAAUGAACAGAAAACAAGUCAAGCAAGUGGCACCGUGGAAUGAGCUAAUGAAGACCAUGGUCAGGGGGGAAGUAGUUUUCCUGAAGACCUACAGUCGAGGGAGUCCUGACCUGGUUCAGACAGAUCAGGAUGGAGACAGUUUACUACACCUCGCCUGUCGAGGAGGCAACAAACGGUGUGUGGAGUAUCUGCUCCCAUCCUAUGACAUCGAUGUCCAAGGUCGCUAUGGCUGGACACCGGUGAUGAUGGCUGCUGUGUGUGGACAUGCUGAUAUCUUCCAGCUACUGGUGGCUCAAAAGGCAGGUCUCUUUGUGGAGUCAAGCACAGGAGAGGAUAUCCUCACCCUGGCUCGGCGUGGGAAAAACAAAGAAAUUAUCACACACCUGGAGAAAGAUAACUGAAAUGAAAAUAUCCCUUUAACAUUAAAUCUUAGCAAAGUAUUGGAGACUUACGUCACUUAUAUUGAAGUUACAUCUUCAGAACAUUACUAUCCCAUGGUGUAAAAACUUUGCAAUAACAAAAGGGAAGAACAGGGACAGACCCAUGGCAUAACCUCACACUGAUGACAUCAAUGAAAAUUGUGCCUAGACAGUGUAUAGACAGCAGGCAUAUGAUCAAGCUCCAUGCACUUUUCUGCAAUUCUUUCGCAAAACAAAUAUGUUCAAUUUCAUGUGUGUCUCUUUAAAAAAGAUGUUUCUUGAAACGUGGUUACCUUAAAAUAAUUGAUUGUGCUAAGUGGAGUUACUUUUGACCCUUACUGAAGGCCUCAUCUCCACAAUUCGAACGGAAACAUAAACUUUGCUUCAUAUAAAGUUCAAUAAAAGUAGAUAUAUUCUGAAAUAAAAAAAUGCAUUUUUCAAUAUAUAUUCAUCUCGACCUAAAGGUCGUGAUUCACAAUUUACAAUUUGGAUGAUUGCAUGUUUGUCGGGGGCAUAAACUUACACAGGUUUUAUUUAUGUGAAUAGAACACAGUGAAUGUUCAUGAAAUACUUUUGUUUUACCGUAAAUAACGCUUAUGUACUACCAGGAAGGGCUGAAAAUCAACGUCUAAGGGCUAUGGGUUUACAGCGAACAGGGAUAGCACAAAACCAAGCUACAAGACAUGUUAAUGUUUGUCGAAACUCAAUAUCAUCUUUUUCGAGACGUUAUCUACAGCAGGGAAACAGUCGUGACGUGUCACGGAUCAGCUGCCACCGCGUGACGUCACGUCAACAAGACAAACAAGACGCUUGGUGCGUCACAACUCCUUGAUUGAGAUUAAUUUGUGUCAGAAAUCAAAUCGGAAAUGUAUAACUGUACUGUUAUCGUAUACUGUUCAUUGAUGAGUCAAGGUAUCACCUGGGCAGCUCAGGCAGUUGUGCAAGGGAAUAUUUAAGUCCAGGAGAAUGUUUCAAUGAUGCUUGCGUUACUCAAUCGGGUCAGUUUUGGGUGGAAGUGUAAUAGAAUUGAGCUGCUUCACAACAUAUGGGAGAACAUAACUCAUCAUUGUUAUAUGCAUGCCGGACGACAGCAUUAGAGAUCAUGUUCUGCCCUGGGACGGAACGUCACGUUGUAGCAGCGUAACGCCCGCCCACAUGUUGUACUUGUUGUAACAGGCUUUUGGCGGUAACGAAACAUUUACAUUUUGCCAUGGCUGGCUGUUUCCCCAGACCUUUUCCACAUAGGGCAUGCAUGGGAUGAAACGAUGCCUACGACAGGACCAGAGUAGGUCGAUAACGCUAGCUUAGCUGGACCAAUCUUUGGUUGAUAUUUGAAACAGCAUCCAAAAGGCUGCUUUCAAUCAUCUGGUGUCGUCAAUGCACCGCCUCUGCCUCGCCUUUAUCAAUGCAAAUGGUGGUCACACCCAAUUUUGACAUUGUUUUGGGAGUUGUCACCUGUUACUAGGCAUGACUAUUGUCAAUGGAUGUGUUAUGUUGAAACAUUGAUCAUACGAAAGAAAACAAAUAUGCUGUUAAUUUCAAUAACAUAACCUUUACACCUCCUUAUAUGAAGCAAGGUUACCUUUCCAAUAUAUCAAACUAAAACGCCUUUAAAGACAUUCCUACGUGCGGAAGCUUAAAAUUGGAAAUGAUACAGUCUGUCCUACGUGAAGAUUCUUGUAUCUAUGAUCCGCAUCUUGCACGGUCAGUCACUACCCAUGGCCCAUACCCGUAUUUCAAACGUCUUACUAACUACCUGGUACUCUACCAGUGUUAAUAUUCUGUCAGCAUGUUUAACUUAUGAUGUGUGACUAGACCCUAUCUCUCAGUCAAUCCACAUCAUAAAUACAGAUAUACAAGCUAAUGAUCUGUAUUUACACUAAAUAAGUGUCUAUUCACCUUACUAAAUGAUGCGUAAUGUAAUAAACGAUCUGUCAGGUACAACCCUGUAAAAAUCUGGUUUAGAAUUCGUCUUCAGCAACUCAUGCUUGUCCGUUGACCAACCGGAUCGGAUGGUCAGGUUCGGUCACUUGGUUGAUGCAUGUCAUCGUGUCCCAGUUGCAUAGAUAGAUGUUUAUAAUGCAAUCACAGGAUUGUGUGGCUCAAACUCGAUAAUAUACAGACCACCAGCUGGGUUAUUGCUUAUUGUGGCGUUAAACAACAAAUAAACAUAAUCUGGUAUAGCAAACACGAAUGAUAUGGACAUGGCAUAUUGUUGAUGAUUUCCUAGAUAUACUAAAAGUCUUGAUCAAAUAGGCGAUGUUUCAACCCUCUUGACGGUGAAUGUAACGCAAAAGUGGAAGUGAGUCGGAUGUUUCAGUACCGCUUGCAAAUAUCCUGCUGGUACAGAUGUAAAUAUUUGAUUUGUGUUCUGUUUUAGUUAUAGACGUCCUGAAUGGACGAUGUGAGUCGGAUUCGGGAUAUGUGGUUUUCACAUUUGUUGGCCACUUCAUUAGAUAUGUUUAAGCAUUGUGUUAAGUUUGAUAUAUUAUUUAAUGCAUUGAAUUCUACGAGAAGUUACGAGUACUUCAUCUAGUUAAAAUAUAUGUGUUUGUGUGGAUAAGGUGAGUUAGACAGGUUUGUUUUGAGUAGCAGCAAACAGGAAAUAUAUUUUCCUAGCAUGUCAUCAAAUGAUGUUUUAAGCAUAUCAAAGAAAGCUGUUUUAUAACAAUCACAAGUAUUGAGAGUAGUGCCGGGUAUAGAUCACAUGUAUUAUGAUCAGCUGAAAACAUAACCAAACUGUCUGUGCAAGGAAAACGUAAUCAAGUAUGACUAAAUAAUGAAUGUGAAUUUGUGCAGGAGAAGGAUGCCAAUGUAUAAAUGUAUUUGAUGAAAUACUAAGACAUUGAG